AAAAGCUCUCGAGGCUGUCUCGUAACUACCUUCCUCCACAUCACAAAUCGUCGCACUCAGUAUCGAUCUUCUUUACCAUCAAUUGACACCAUGGCCGAAUCAUACCAAUCAUCGCAUUAUGAUCACUCCAUCCCGGACGUGAGCAAGCCAUUCGAUCUGAGAUGCCCAGACAACACCGACCUCUGGCGCAUCCCUCCCUCAACCGACCGUGGAAACACACCUCACAUCUACCGCACAAUCCGCGCCUCAGACUUCAAGUCAGCAAAAGUCACAGUCUCUGGUCCCUGGACGGUACUCUACGAUCAAGGCGGACUCUGCAUGAUCAUCGACAUCCCUGGCGCUCAGCAGAACAAAUGGGUCAAGACGGGCAUUGAAAUGCUGAAUGGCAAGCCUCGUGUCAGCGUUGUUGGUACCGAUACUUGGUCGGAUUGGAGCCUGCAUCCCGUCGUCGCCGCUGACAAGGUGUCUGCCACCAUCGAGAUGAUUGUUGAACAUGAUCAUCUGUGGGUUUAUUUGAUUGGAGAUGAUGGCGAGCGUCAUCCUAUGAGGGAGAUCACUUGGUGGAAUGCUUUGCCCAAGGACGCAGCCGUCAAGGUCGGAGUGUCUGCGGCAAGACCGGCUACUGAAGGAGGUGAAUUGAUUGUGCAUUAUGAGAAUUUGGUCAUCAACGCAUAG